AUGUUCCACGCUCUUAGCCCGUCAUUCCGUGAAAGAGACACCGCGGUGAAGUAUUUUUUCUCCCAUCCAGUGAUUCGGCCUUACACUUUCAGCCCACGUCCCUCAGGUCUCAUCAUUCGAUCAGCUCUCGUCCCUCCGUCCCUCCCAUCCUUCCUCCCGUCGCCUCCGUUUAUCCUCAGUCGCUCCCAUCCCUUCUCUUGCCGUCCGUCGCUCCCGUCCCUCCUCCCGUCCCUCACGUUCCUCCUCAAGUCCCUCGCGUCGCUCUCCACCGCUCGCGUUCCUUCCCUCUUCACCUCUUCCCGUUCCCUACACUAUCCCCCCCUUCCCUACGCGCAGAUCCCCCCCUUCCCUACGCGCAGAUCCCCCCCUUUCCUACGCGCAGAUCCCCCCCUUCCCUACGCGCAGUUCCCCCCCUUCCCUACGUGCAGAUCCCCCCCCCCCUUCCUUACGCGCAAUUCCCCCCCUUCCCUACGUGCAGUUUCCCCCCUUCCCUUCGCGCAGUUCCCCCCCUUCCCUUCGCGCAAUUCCCCCUUCCUAUCCCUCACUCACAACCACCGCUCGCUCCCUUCCCUCUCUGCCUCACUUCCCCCUCGAAUAUCCCAUUCCCUUUCCCCCCCCUCCUUCCCUCCUCAAUCUGCCCCACUCUUCCCUCUAUUCUCCUCCUUUUACCCCUCCCCCGUCCCCUCUAUCCUACUCCUAUCCAUCACCUCUAUUCUCCUCUACUCCCUCCCUUUCCCCUUGUCCUUCCAUCCCACUCCCCACUUUCCCCUCCCUCCUUUCCCUCCGUUUCCCCCCCUUUCCGGCCCUCCCUUUCCCCCGUGUCCUUCCCUCCGUUUCCCCCCUUGUCCCUCCACUGCUUUCCCCCAUGUCCUUCCCUCCGUUUCUCCCCUUGUCCCUCCCUUCCUUUCCCCCAUGUCAUGCCCUGAUCCCCAUGCCCUCGCCGACUUCGUUUCCCCUGCCCAUCAACCUAAUACCCCCUCCCUCCCCGUCGCGACCCCUUCCAUCGUCCUCCCCUCCACCCUCGCUUCCCCUCGCUUUCUCUUCCCUCCUCUACUAUGUUCGCAUCUCUCUCUGUCCCACUCCUCUCUUCCAUCUCUGCCCUUCUCAUCCUCGCCACCUUUCCUUCUUGAUGCCCGCGCCCACCGGCUUGUUUCUCGCUCCAGGGUCUUCUCAAAUUGCACCUCCGACCUGCGCCUCACAAGAU